CCUAACGCUUUUACUCUAUAUAGGGCUGUUUCUGGAAACUUUAUCCACGGCCAAAAGCUGCACUUUCAAUCUGAACUCAUUCUCUGGAAGAAAGGAUCACGCCUAAUCAAGACCCGGCAAGGUCAUCGAUCAUUUGGUUUAGAUGAUUAUGGAAUUUGCAAGUGAGAAUUUUCCUAUCGUUGGCCAUCAUUCGAAAGGGAACGACUACUACGUGGGAACAGGGGCGACCUUGGAACAAGUUAUGGAGAGUAUGGAGGGGGGAACUUUCUAUAACAAAAAUGCAUCAAAACGCAUCCAAACCUUUAUUAAUAUGGAAAGCAACGAGCACCACGAAAGAAUGGGGAAACCCGUUCACGAGGACGGUCCGAACGUCAAUUAUGGUGUCUCAAAGCCAUUGGGUCAAGCUGACUGCACCAACCUCUCAAGACCUAUGGAGAACUACUGCACUAUGAAGGUGUCACCGUUGAAAGGUUUGGAGGAAAAAUCCAUCAUGGAUCAGAACGUUGACAAGAGUGAUUCAAAUGUUUCUAGCACGAAGAAGAGGAGAAAUAGGACAACAUUCACUAGUUUACAGUUAGAGGAACUGGAGAAAGUCUUCCAGAAAACCCAUUACCCUGAUGUAUAUGCUAGAGAGCAGCUGGCUCUGCGCACAGAGCUCACUGAGGCCAGAGUCCAGGUUUGGUUUCAAAAUAGAAGAGCAAAAUGGAGAAAGCGGGAACGCUAUGGACAAUUACAACAAGCUCGAAGCCACUUUGCAACCUCCUACGAUGUAUCCCUUUUGCCCAGGACAGAAACUUAUUCACAGCUGCAAAGUAAUUUAUGGGCAGGGAACAGCCCCACCAACUCAGCGGUUUCACCCUGUGUGUUACCACGUGAAUCACCUCCUUGUAUGUCCCCGUACCCUCACUCCCACAGGAAUGCCAGUGCUUACAUGGGCAUAUCGAAUCAUCAAAACCAGUUCAGUCAGGUCGCUCUCAACAAUCUCUUCAAUGACUCUGUGCUGUCGGGCUCUUCUGAUGGACACGCCUUUGAGCCAAGGCCAGAGUGUGAACGACGUUCUUCAAGCAUUGCUGUGCUUCGAAUGAAAGCCAAGGAACACACAGCCAAUAUAUCAUGGGCCAUGUAAUGGGCAAAGUAAUGCAAGGGCCGUUAAAAUGCAGGACAAUCUGUAAAUCAAUGUACCUGUGCAAUUGUCUUCCUGGAAAACGGUGUGCCAAGAUGCUACAUCUCAGCCAGAAAGUAAUUGUAAGCCCAUCACUGGAGAGCAAUUCACAGGAUUUUUAAAAAUUCCACGCAAACUCGAAAACAAUAGAGAAGACCGAACCAGAGGGUGGAAUGAUUGAUCAGAGUGCUGAAUGUAUCUGUUCAAAGAGGACAUUGUGUACCAUGAAUCACAGGAUAUUUUCAGCACAAGUUAUCAUUUAACACAUACGUGUGUGUCCACUCAAUGAAAAUGCUCUGAAUCUCAUUCCUCUGUCUUUCAUUGUUACCUUUUAAUUUCUUUUUAAAAAAAAAAUUCCCCCAUGUCUGAUUCUAAAUCUCUCCUGCACAUUUGUUUCUGGUAAAGCCUUAUGCUUCUACAACCCAGUUUGUUGGAAAAAAAUACAUUUCCUAAGCUCUUCUGUUUUGUUCGUUGUUGAUCUUAAAUUGAAGCUUUUGAUCAGUAUUGCUGUUUCAAUGGAACAAAAUUUCAGAGAGAAUGCAUCAGCGGAAAUAAAAUUAUGUUGAUUGUUG